AUGUUGGUGCAGUUCUACACGGCCAUCAUCGAGUCCAUCCUCACCUCCUCCAUCACCGUGUGGUUCGCUGGAGCCACAGUCAGGGACAAACGGAGACUACAGCGCAUCGUGCGCUCUGCAGAGAAGGUGAUCGGCUGCAGCCUCCCAUCGCUGCAGGACCUGUACGUCGCCCGAGCUCGAGGCGCCCGUGUUCCUGCUGCUUGGUACGGGACCAUAGUCUGUGGGACACAAACGCCCUCUGGCUUCACACUCUCUCAAACCUCCACCGAAUCAUCCUGGAGAAGCCACAGAACAAAACAAGGCUCAUCGACAGCCAAAAGAAAGGAAUUCCACUUUCCCCAGAGCGCACCGUAG